UGUCAAGUCGGGUCAUAUAGUCCACGGUACACCUGAAAAAAAAUUCAAUCUGUGGGUUUAAAGUUGGGAGAGAUUUAGGGGGAGAGAGAGAGAGGAUGCAUUCUUUUGGGUACAGAGCAAACGCUCUCCUAACAUUUGCUGUUACAAUUCUUGCUUUGAUAUGUGCUAUUGCUUCUUUCUCUGAUACUCUCAGCACCCCAACUCCCACCUCUAAUGUUCAGGUUUUGAAUAUUAAUCGGUUCCAGAAGAAACCAGAUGGGGAUGAUGAGGUCAGCUUGACAUUUAAUAUAUCAGCAAACUUGCAAUCACUAUUCACGUGGAAUACAAAACAGGUUUUUGUAUUCUUGGCAGCAGAGUAUGAAACCCCGAAAAAUUCUCUGAAUCAGGUAUCUCUGUGGGAUGGUAUUAUACCUUCAAAAGAGCAUGCGGAUUUCUGGAUUCAUACCACAAACAAGUAUCGGUUCAUUGAUCAAGGAAGCAACCUUCGUGGAAGAAAUUUUAACUUGACGCUGCAUUGGCAUGUCAUGCCUAAGACUGGCAAAAUGUUUGCUGACAAAAUAGUGAUGACCGGCUAUCGUUUACCUCAAGCAUAUAGAUGACGUUAGCUUUUAACGUAGUGCUUGUGUAACUUUUGACUGCCUUAGUUAAUUCAUUAUUACAGACAUACUUGAAGAGAAAACUAAUAUACUAUGUUCAUGGAUGUUAUAAAUUGAUAUACCAUGUUCAUGAAUAUUAUGAGACCAUAUCAGUCAUUUGAUAAUCAGUAUAUUGAUAUUAUCGUAUUCUAUAUUGUUUUUUUCAA